AUGCCGAGAACGCGAUCAAAAGGCACAACCGGGUCGAAAGCGACGCCAGCAGACGAACAACAAAUCGAUGCGAGUACGAAGAAAAAGCCAUUGGAGUCUGUCGAUGUGCCCAGCCGAACAUUUAUUCUACCAUCGAAAAGAAGCGAGGAUGCCAGGUUCCUUACACUCGAAAGCCCUAACUCUGGCGCUCCCAAUCGCUAUUUUUUCGACUCUCACAAUGGCGGUCUGUACGAAUUCACCAGUGUUGCUUCCACGCCAUGGGCGCCCAGGAGUAUCCUCCUAACGCCGAAGCACGGAGAGGAGGAAGAGUCGGGGAAAGAGAGCAAGGCAUAUGUUACGAAAAAGGCAGAAUUGCUUAUAGCGACACCAAUUGAUGUGCUCUUCUUCAUGCUGCCGAUCAUAGCCCCUGAAGAAAAUACUAGCUCGACAAAGAAUAUGUUUCAACCGCUCGACGAUAUUCUCGACUCCCAGGACGAGCUCGCUCCUCAUCUACGCCAUAUUCUUUACGAUGUGACAUUCAGACCCACACUCGAGCGAAGAAUGCAGGCGAUAUGCGACACCAUGGAAGCGGGCGAUGAGACACUGUACCGCUUCAAAGAGAAGAAGCUUGUGAAUGAAUUGAUCGCAAAGGCCGAGCGGAUGAUUGCGCAAGGACUGCCGACGAGUUUGGAAGAGCGUUUCGUCCGCACGGUGCUGGACCCCCCUCUAACGAACAUCAAAAAGGAAGAAGUGAAAACCGAUGUUUCGACAACGGCCAACGAGGAGGGCCAGGAAUCCGAAAUAUCGGAGACGCAGUCUACGACCACGACAACAGUCACAGUGACCUCUGAAGAACAGUCUGGCGCCGCAACGCCAGCUACACAGCUGUCCACAGUGGAAGACAUAUCAUCUUCCGAUGCGAUCACGAGAUUACUUCGGCUCCGCAUUGCGCUUUCGUUCAUGAAACAGUCAUAUCUACCGCCCCAUCUAUCAAGCAGCAUCGAUGAGCUGCUGAAAUCGCCCGAGAGCCCUAUUGACUUUAAACCCCUUGAUGACCGCCUCAAAGAACUCGCAAUUCUCCGCGCCGAAGCAAACGCAUCCGUACAGGUCGGAAACUACACGCGCAAGCGAGGGUAUGACGACGAAGAUGGCGAAUCUCAAGCCGAGAAGAGGCGCAAGAAGGAGGAAGAGGAGAAGAAAAAGAAGCUUGCCGAGUCCCGUGGCGUGCGAGACCUGAAAAAGGUGAAUACCAGCGGGAUGAAGAAGAUGAGUGACUUCUUUAAAAAGAAGACUUGA